AUGCGAAUACUCUGCCUCCAUGGAUACGGCACUUCUGGUGCCAUCAUGAGGAGUCAGAUGCACGCUGUAAUCAGCCAGGCCGACCCGAGCUACGAGUUCGUGUUCCUCGAUGGCGAGUAUGAGUGUCCACCUGCGCAAGGCCUCGGGGGCUCAGUAGACGGCCCGACACUAUGCUUCAACAAAGCCUUUGGACCGGACGAGAUCCAAUCCUCGCUUGACCAUCUAGAUGACUUCAUCGAGACUGAGGGUCCAUUUGAUGGCAUUUUGGGCUUCAGCCAGGGCGGCUCGCUGGCCUUGUCGUAUCUACUGCGAGAUGCCGAGACAAAGUCCUUGGACUUCUCCCAGGGCCAUUCCUCGUGCUCUUCUCCCUCACCUGCUGCUUCAUCGACAGUAUCUUCGCACUCCACGUCACCGCCGAGGCCGUCAUUUAAGUUUGCCAUCUUCCUUUCCACCAUCGUGGCCUUCUCUCCUCGCCAGGAGUUCGCUUUGGAUCUGCUUACGACGUUGACGACAGAUGACCGAACCAUCUUGCACGGCUUUCCUUAUGAGACAGAGAUGCGUGACUACAAGUCAAUGUCCGAACCCCAGGAGCGGGCCUUGUUCUUCGAUGCUUUGGGUCUGGUCCUCGACACAUCGCUCUCCGGCGGAUUCAUUGCCCCAGACACUGACCUUGGCUUGGAGGCCUUCACCCAGUCUCUCGCACCAAAAACUGAAGAAGCAAUAUCAUGCAUUCCCCGAAUCAUCCAUCCAAGUCUCCUCUUCCCUUUGCACCAAGUUCCCAUCCCGACAGUCCAUGUGAUUGGUCGCAGAGACGAGCCAGCCUUGGUUUCAUUGUCCCGGCUGAUGGAAAAGGUGUGUGAACCAACUCUGGUACGUAGCCUGGCGCACGAAGGGGCGCACGAUGUGCCUCGGAACCCUAGAGAUGUUAGAGCUUUCUGGGCUGCAGUUGACUGGGCUGUUGCAGAAGGUCUGCGGCUGGCGUGGUAA